AUGGAUCUACCGGAGCAUAUCAUUUUAGAAAUUCUGCUACAUUUGUCCGUUAAAGGGAUUGUAAUGUGCAAGUGUGUGUGCAAAACUUGGCAACAUCUAAUUUCUAGCCAUCACUUUACCAAGCAUCACUUUGCACGUUCAAAAGCUUUGCAUGUGAUUGAAUCUGGGCAGCAAGUAAUCCUGAAGCUUGAUACCAAAUUGAAGAGUCCUUUGCUCAAUGUUGAUGCUCAAGAGAUUGCUUUCCAUGAGGGGAAUACUAAGAGGAAGCGAACCAUUAACCUAGAUACCAAGAAUCACAAGAUCAUUAUAGUGAAUUCAUCUCCUAGCAAUGCUGAUGAGAGUACGGUGUCUUGUGGAUUUGGAUUUUGUCAACAGACAAAUCAAUAUAAGGUUCUUAGAGUGUUGUCUCAAGGAAAAAAUCAACAUGCUAAAUCACAAAUUGAAGGAACAACAUUCUAUCCUUAUAGGGUGGUUGAGAUUCAUACUCUUCAGACCAAAUCAUGGAGAAACAUUGGAUUUGCUCCCAGCUUCCAAAGCAUAACGUCUCCAACCUAUCUUAAUGGGGUCCUUUAUUGGAUUGGUGAUGGAUGUAGCGGGAAGGAUCUUAAUGGGGUCCUUUAUUGGAUUGGUGAUUGA